AUGUCGUCGCCUACAUCCACAGCUUCGACCGUAUCCCCCACUCAAGACGAGACACUGGGGAUGUGCUUGAAGACGAGGCAAUCCACGUCUACUCCGGUCGGAAGUGCUGCUUCUACUGGUGGUCGCAAACGAAAGAAGGGGACGACCAGUACGCCGCCACCAAGCAGCCGCAAUAGCAGUACCACUACGCCAGUCUCGAGUAAAAAAAAGAGGACGCGAGGGUCGAUCGGUACUCCGGGGAAAGUGACGCCAUUGGCUCAAGUGCGGGAGAAGGAGAUCCACCGGACGUUUACGGAUCAUGAAGUUUCGGAGGUUUACAAGACCAUCCGCAAGCAGACAGGAAGUCUUGGAGGCAAUGCAGCAGGUGGCGCCAUUUAUGGUGAAAUCACGCAGGCCUCUUUCCAACGGGUGGUGGACUACCUCAAGGACCAUUGUGAACUCUCUGAAGCCAGCUGCUUUGUGGACGUGGGCUCGGGACUUGGCAAACCAAACUUCCACGUGUCCGUGGAUCCAGGUGUUCAGGUCUCGUACGGCAUCGAGCUUGAAGAAUUACGCUGGCACUUGUCGUUGCAUAAUCUUCGCAGCGUGUUAUCACUUGACUCGCAGCGUCACAAGCCCCUUUCAACAGUAUUCACGGCGGGGGACAUUACGCACGCACAUACGUUUGAGCCGUUUUCACACGUGUAUACUUUUGACGUGGGAUUUCCACCGGACGUGAUGGACAAGAUGGCCGAGAUGUUCAACCGGAGCUCGGCGAAAUACUUUGUCAGCUUCCAUUCACCGCGGAAAGUUGUCGAGACGUACGGGUUCUCGGUGACGAACAUUGGACGAGUUGCAACGUCGAUGGCAGGUUCGAGUGAGGGGCACCAAUGCUACUUUUAUCGGCGCGUGGCGGUGAUAGAGGAAGAAAGUGAGUUCGAGAGGGAGGAAGUGACUGUGGAGAUGGCGCCACUGAACGACUGUGUAAUUUGUCCACCGCUGGCUGAAGACCCUCUCUUCAGCAAAGGGAUCGAGCUGCUGAAGACCGGCCGCGAAGGCAUGCUAUCGUGGAUCAACGACUUUUUCGACCAGGCGAAUGCUGGACGAACUCGUCACCAGAAGCGCAUAUUGCGCGAGCGCCCGAUGGACUCGUACUAUCCCACCGUCAAGUCGCACGUUGUUGCAGCUUCUUGCAGCGUACCGCAGAAAGGGGAGAAACGAACGACGAAGGCGACGAAGCGCAAGAUCAAUCUCCGUGCGUAA